UAAAUAUAUGGAAAAUAAAUAAAGGCAGUGGAGAUAAGAAAGUAAGAAUUAUAAAAUGAAAUAAGAAGUUAAAAUAAGAAGUUGGAUUACUUACCCGAAUAAAAUCUUGUUGACAAAUUGCGGAAGUUAGCUCUUGCGCUUUUGAGCACAAUUCCGUAGGGUGCUAAAACUAAGCAUUUACUUCUUAAAUACUCAUCUAUUUCUGAACCCUAUUUGUGUUAAUUCAAAUUUUGAAAGUCUUUGGCAGGGACCAUAUUUUGUGGUGGAAGGAUUGAUUAAUCAAAAAUUCCUAAAUCUACAUGAUAUUACAGGUUAUGUUUCAACCGAUAUAUCUUCUAUAUUUUUAUACCCCUAUACAUGUAUUGCAGUUUUAUAAUUUAUUAAACAAGUAGCUGAGACUUGGAACUACUUCAAAUGUUAUAAUUUAUUAAUUUAGAAAAAUUAUUUUCAUCAAUGGUAGAUAACUCUUUCAAACAAGUCCCAGGUCCUACGAGGUCGGCUUCUAAUCCUUUACUUAUCGUAUGAAUUAUUUCAAUUCCAUCCUAAUAACAAUGGAAUUUUUUUCUUGUUUUAAAUCAUUAAAAAUUGUCCAAUCUCCUAUCGUUAAAUUUUAUACAUCUACUACCUUAAAUAUACAGUACAUGCAGUAUAUGCAUUUGCAAAAUUAACGUUCAUUCAAAACUCUGUUUAUUCAACACUAUUUCGUGUGAAUAUAAACAUAGUACUUUGUACCUUUUGCAUCAUGUCGACCCUGAAAUUUGUUUGCUGUUUUUCAUAUUACAUUAGUCACUUCAGUCGUCGUGUUAAAACGCAGGUACUUCGUCAUAACAUUUCUACGACACACCUGAAUUUCUUGACGUUUAGAUCAUUGCGCAAUAAAAAAAAUUCCAUACAAAUUUAAACCAGAGGUGGCUACGGUGACAAAAACCACAAGAUAUCAAAGAUGGAGGUCUACAAAUCGAUAGUGCCUGUUCUGCUAGUUUUCCUUGUCUGUGUUACUAACGCGCUGAACCCGGAUGGAACAUGUGACAGUGACAGUGACUGCCCUCUCUCUUUCUACCACUGCUGUUCCGGAACUAUCUGGUGUUGUCCUUCCGGGUACAUCUGUACCGGAUCAUCAACCUGCCUAAGUAUCGGAGUUAUCGUCGGUCCCAUCGUCGGCCUGGUCGUCCUCAUCGUUUGUGUCGUUGUUUGCUGUGCGUGUUAUAAAAAGAAACAACAGACACAAGGUGUGGUAAUGAGUCCCCAGACAACAACUCAACCUGGGUAUGGACAACCGGCAGCUUACGGACAACCGCAAGGUUACGGACAACCGGCCGCUUACGGACAGCCAGAUCUAUCUGCAAAACAAUAGGAAUAUGGACGGUCAUUGACAACAAUAUCUAUUGAUAUGAACAAUCUUUUUGUUAUUUAUUAUAUAUUGUUCUAAACCUUGAUGUUUUUAUAUGAAGGACAGAGCAAAUUUUACUCCGUCAGUUAACUAGCGUGUAUAUUAUAUAUGUAACAAAUGUGCAAAAUAAUUUUGACAAGUGUGUGUGUGUGUGUGUGUGUGUGUGUGUGUGUGUGUGUGUGUGAAAGGUACAUAUUUAGAUGAUCAAAAUGAAAAAGGUAUCUCAAUGUUGCCGGAGAACAUUCUAUCAAACAGAAUGGUGACUACUAGUAUUUCUUUGUUUAUUUUUAUUGUGUGGUUUGUUUUUUUUUUUUGUAGUUUUUUUUUUUUUUUUAAAUUUUUACAUUUUAUGAACUAUGUAGUAUUUUGAUUUGUAUUUUCAUAAUAAAAAGUUUAGAAACCAAA